AUGGCAGUUCAAACUGGGCUAGAUGUUCUCCGCACGAGGACUAUUGUUGAUUGUGACACCUUGGAUGAGCAGGUGGCUAAGAAGCUGGGCCCAUUCCAGGACUGCACUUCGAAUCAGGCGAUCGCGUACAGCGAACUUUGCAAGCCAGAGCAUGCCGAGUUGAUUGUUGCUUCAGUUGCAGACGCAAGGUCUCUGUUGUCUAGGUUCCCGAACAUCUCCGUCGAGGAAUUAGCAGUAGAAGUUGCGAUGGUGAGAUUGGCCUUGAAGAUUGCUCCUCAUAUUCGAGGGAACGUCCAUGUCCAGACCAAUCCGUAUUAUUCUUACUCCACUGAGAAGACCAUUGAAAACGCCUUGAGAAUCGUCAGGAUUUUCCAACAUCUGCACCAUGGCUUUGAGCAGUCUCGAAUCUGCAUUAAAAUUCCAGGUACAUGGGAAGGCAUGAUGGCCUGCCGGACCCUCGAGCAAGCCGGGGUGCGGACUUUGGCCACCACCCUCUUCACCAUGACACAGGCUGUUCUCGCUGCGGAAGUAGGCUGCACCUAUGUAGCACCUUAUGUUAAUCAAUUGAGGGUUCACUUUGAGCCAGGGUUCACCGAUCCGAACAAGCUGCUACCUCUAUGUGUCUUAAUCCAGAAAUACUACGAGUCCAUCGAGGCAAAGACCCAGGUUAUCGUUGCCAGUUUGGCCUCGGUAUAUGAAAUCUUUGCCCUUGCUGGCGAACGGCACAUUACUGUUCCCCCAGGUCUCCUGGAGGAGCUCUCACGGUCAGCCACUGCUCCUGGGAUGCAGUCCUUAUUUGAUGCCAACGUCCCAGUUGUCGUGCCUCCAUCUAAUUUGUCCUAUGUGAAUGAUGAGCCGGCAUAUAGAAUUGCAUUCACUCGGGACUUGCAUGGUGCAAGUGAGGAGAAACUCAUACAGGUAUGA